AUUCUCAUUUAAACAUGAAGAUUCUAGCUACUGGUGGUUUCAUCCUUGGAACACUGGUAUUUGCUGUCUGCCUACCGAUAAUAGUGACCUUCAGUCAAUCAUUCACAAUCCCUGAAAAACUGAAGUUGGCUCAUGGGAGAGUGAUCAUCAACACCACAGCCUGUACAGUCACCUGUGGCCUGGGCUACAAGGAGGAGAGCACUUGUGAGGUGGGCCCCGAUGGCGUGAGGAGGAAGUGUGAGACUCACCACAUAGAGUGCUUGACCAAUUGGAUCUGUGGGAUGGUCCACUUCACCGUCCCCACUGGAAAAAAGUUUGAGCUGACGUGUCUGACUCCGGAUAUCCUCCUCUAUGGGCGGGAAGCUUUUCGGUUCACCUGGACCUAUGCCCGGGGCAUCAUCUCCAUCAAUGAUGACUUGUUUAAACCUUUUCGGCGCCAUGUCCAUUUGGUGACGCUCAAUCCUGCCCACGAGGCUGAUUCAGGCACCUAUAGGUGUGAUGUCCAGCUGCUGAAGAACUUGAAAUUUGUUAAGAGAAUCUACUUUGCCCUCAGGGUCAUUCCUGCUUACUUGGUGAACCUCAACUUUGAUCAGUCCCUGACUGAGGUGCAGAGAUUAAUAGAUAAGGGGAUGGACCUGGAUCUAGAUAAAGAUAUCUAUUCCCCACGCCCAUCGUGGAAUAAAAAGGUCUUGCUAGCGCUGGGGAUAGGAAUGACAGGGGGGGUUAUUAUAAGUGUGCUGGUGAGUAUCGCUGUUCACUAUUGGCUGAAAACUUCCAAAAGAGAGGUCAAGACAAAGAUAUAACUGGUUGCGAUCCUUGAAGCUGAUAGCAGUGCUAACCUUUUUUAGAGACCCUUGAUUCCACUCAUGGAAUCCCCCAAGAAUCUAUGGGAAAAUGAAAUUUCUGAUGUGCUUUGUCUCCUGCCAAAUUUCUUCCCAGUAUUAUGUGACUGGUUGGGUGCCUGAGUCCCCUGUGCCCCAGGGCAAAGUCCAGAUCAUCACCAAAGUCGCUUUGUUUUUUGCACCUGUUAAAAUUUGCUAUAAUUAUCUCCAGUGUUACUGCUUCUUCCCAGUGUUGGAUGUUUGAAAAGGAUUGUUCAUUGGGCUUUUAAGCUGGAAAUUUUGUCUCUUUCCACUUUAAUAAAACCUCUG